UGGAUAAGUUAUUUUGUGAGAGAGUAGUAACACUAACAGUUGUGUUGGUUUUGUUUGUUAUGAUACGAUUUCCGGAAGCAGUAGCUCAAAACGAAACAAUUCCGGCAUUGUUUGCAUUUGGUGACUCAAUCCUUGAUACCGGAAAUAAUAACAACCUUCAAACGUUAGUUAAGUCCAAUGCUCCUCCCUAUGGAAGGAAUUUUCCGGGAGGUAAACCUACCGGAAGAUUCUGUGAUGGAAAAAUACCCACAGAUUUGAUAGCAACGGCUCUGGGAAUCAAAGAAACGGUACCAGCAUAUCUUAGUGCUAACUUGAGGUCUCAAGAACUCUCCACCGGAGUAUGCUUCGCUUCAGCUGGUUCAGGAAUUGAUGAUCUCACUGCUCAGAUACAGGGAGUUAUAUCACAACCAGCCCAACUAAAAAUGUUUCAAGAAUACAUAGGAAAGCUAAAAGCAGUUGUUGGACAACAACGUGCGACAGAUAUCAUAUCCAAAAGCUUGUACCUCGUUUCCGCAGGCAACAAUGACAUUGCCAUUACCUAUUCUCAGAUAUUAGCCCCAACACAACCUUUUCCAUUAUAUGCCUCUCGUUUAAUUUCCACCACUUCAAAUUUCCUCGAGAGUCUAUACGAACUUGGAGCACGAAGAGUUUGGGUACUGAGCACAUUGCCACUCGGAUGCUUGCCUGGAGCUAGAACAGCCGCGGGAGGACUAUUAAGGGAUUGUGCAAUCCUUGAGAACCAAUUAGCACAGUCAUUCAAUGGUCAAUUAUCAACAGCAGUUAAUUCUAUCGGUGCCACCCUUUCCAAUUAUGACAUUAGGUUUAUCGAUGUCUAUACUCCUCUCUUUAAUCUCAUACAGAAUCCUCAGUCAGGAGAGUUUGAUGACGUGGCGGACGCGUGUUGCGGAACUGGCGCAUCCAAAAUAUCAGGGAUAUGUAACCUUCUCAAUGUGUGUCCAAAUCCUUCCAAAUACGUUUUCUGGGAUUUUGCACAUCCAACUGAGAGAGCUUAUCAGCUUAUUGUCUCGUCUGUACUACGGUCACACGCCAACAAUGUUUCCUCUCUCUCACACUAAUGUAUACCACUCAUGAAGAUGUAACUACUUAUUUGUUUAAAUAAUUUUAGCAUGGACUUUUAAUAGACGUGCAUUUUAAUCUUUUGAUUGGUUGUAGGAGUUAUAGAAAUUAUGUACGCAUUGUUUUAUGGCCAUUGGAGUGGACUAA